CUGCUAAACAUGUGUAUGUGACCAAUACAAUUAGAUUAGAAUUUCUUUGGCUUUUAUUAUUAUUUAUUUUUUUAUCUAGGAACCUUUAGCCACUACAGUACUAGUCAUCAAAGCUGUUGACAUUAAAAACAGUCACUACCUCAUGAAUGUUCCAUCAGUAUUAUUCCACCGUUUCAGAGAAUAUAGGUGCUGAUUGUAAAAAGGAUCAUGUAACAUAUGUUUAUCUGAGUAAAAAUGAAUAAGACAUUGUGUAGUAGAUGUUCUAACUUCUCACUCAUCAUUUUUGUUAUUUUUUUGAACUAAUCAAUCAACACAUGUUUUCCUUUGUACUUCUUUACGUAAUAUUAUUCUUUAAUGAAUUAAAUGAAAAAUAAACAUUUUCCUCUACUGCUUUACCAACUCCAAUCAACAGAUGGCGAUAUGCGUCUUUCAUGCGCUGUUGCUAGUGUGACGUCUAUUCUAGUGGACGGGACGCUUCUUCAACGAGAACAACACGGCUACUGAUCCAACCAGCUAACUGUUAGGUAGUUUGCUAGCCAACAUACAACCGGAACAUUGACGGUUUUUUAGACCGUUUCGGGGAGUUAAAAAUACAUGUAUGUCGUAUCCACUAGUUACCCCUUAAUUUUCAUAUUUACAUUUUUAUUAGUCAACUAGCUGUCUGGUUAAGUUAGCAGUAGCCUAGUCGCUAAUGAUAUUUAGCUAACGUUACCUCGCUAACAACCUUGACCAUGAGCUCACUAAGCUACUCCCUCCCUGUUGAAGAAGAAGAGGUCUGCAGGACAGAGAAAGAUGAGGAAGAUGAGGCUGUUACGGUGAAAGAAGAAGACGUUUUUGUGAAAGAGGAGGAGGAUGUUACUGUGAAGGAAGAGGAGGAAGAUAACAAUGACGAUGCUGUGUUGGGCGUGAAAGAGGAAGAGGAGGAGAUGACUAUCACAGUGAAAGAAGAGGAAGACGUUUUUGAUGUGAAGGAGGGGGAGAUUACUGUCACAUUGGAGGAGGAAGAGGAGGUUGGAGAUCUGAUUAACACCCCAGGUGAAAGACCAGACUCUCACAACAGGAAGAGUCCUUCAGACUCAGAGAAGACCAAACCAGCAAAACCACACCACUGCUCCCAGUGUGGAAAGAGUUUUACCUGGUUAGGGAAUCUGAAAUCACAUAAGCGCACACACACAGGAGAUAAGCCUUUCAAUUGCUCCCAGUGUGGAAAGAGUUUUACCGAGUUAGGGACACUAAAAAAGCAUGAGAGGACACACACAGGAGAGAAGCCUUUCCAGUGCUCCCAAUGUGGAAAGAGAUUUACCCAGUUAGCGAACAUGAAAAGGCAUGAAGGAACACACACUGGAGAGAAGCCAUGUCAAUGCUCCCAGUGUGAAAAUAAAUUUUCCUCAUCAGGGGAAUUGAAAAAACAUGAGAGAACACACUUAGUAGAGAGGCCUUUCCAAUGCUCUCAGUGUGGAAAGAGCUUUACCCUGUUAGGGAGUCUACAAACGCAUGAGAGAACACACACAGGGGAGAAGCCCUUCUGCUGCUCAGACUGUGGAAAGUGUUUUACCUGGUUAGGGAAUCUGAAAUUACAUGAGCGGACACACACAGGAGAUAAGCCUUUCAACUGCUCCCAGUGUGAAAAAAGUUUUACCCAGUUAGGGAACUUGAAAACACAUGAGAUGACACACACAGGAGAGAAACCUUUCCACUGUUCCCAGUGUGGAAAGGGUUUUAGACAUGCAGGGAACCUGAAAGUGCAUGAAAGACGACACACUGGAGAGAAGCCAUAUAAAUGCUCACAGUGUGAAAUAACAUUUUCCUCAUCCGGGGACCUGAAAAAACAUGAGAGAACACACUCUAUAAAGAGGCCUUUCCAAUGCUCUCAGUGUGGAAAGAGUUUUACCCAGUUAGAGAAUCUAAAAAAGCAUGAGAGAACGCACACAGGGGAGAAGCCCUACCAUUGCUCAGACUGUGGAAAGAGAUUUACCCAGAUUGGGGACCUGAAAUCACAUGAACUGACACACACAGGAGAUAAGCCUUUCCAAUGCGCCCAGUGUGGAAAAAGUUUUCCCCGGUUAGGGAACUUGAAAAUGCAUGAGAGAAUACACACUGGAGAGAAGCCUUUCCACUGCUUCCUGUGUGGAAAGAGUUUUACAGAGUUAGGGACACUGAAAAAGCAUGAGAGGACACACACAGGUGAGAAGCCUUUCCAAUGUUCCCAAUGUGAAAAGAGUUUUACCCAGUUAGCAAACAUGAAAAGGCAUGAAGGAACACACACUGGAGAGAAACCAUAUCAAUGUUCCCAGUGUGAAAAUGCAUUUUCCUCAUCGGGGGACCUGAAAACACAUGAGACAACACACUUAGUAGAGAGGCCUUUCCAAUGCUUUCAGUGUGGAAAGAGUUUUACCUGGUUAGGGAAUCUGAAAUCACAUGAGCGCACACACACAGGAGAUAAACCUUUCCACUGCUCCCAGUGUGGAAAAAGUUUUACCCAGUUAGGGAACUUGAAAACGCAUGAAAUGACACACACAGGAGAGAAGCCUUUCCACUGCUCCCAGUGUGGAAAGGGGUUUAGACACGCAGGGAACUUGAAAGUCCAUGAAAGAAUACACACUGGAGAGAAGCCAUAUAAAUGCUCCCAGUGUGAAAUGAGAUUUUUCUCAUCAGGGGACCUGAAAAAACAUGAGAGAACACACUCUGUAGAUAGGCCUUUCCAAUGCUCCCACUGUGGAAAGAGUUUUACCCAGUUAAGGAAUCUACAAACACAUGAGAGAAUGCACACAGGGGAGAAGCCCCACCACUGCUCAGACUGUGGAAAAAGAUUUACCCAGAUUGGGGACCUGAAAACACAUGAGCUGACACACACAGGAGAUAAGCCUUUCCAAUGCUCCCUGUGUGGAAAAGGUUUUCCCCGGUUAGGGAACUUGAAAAUGCAUGAGAGAAUACACACAGGAGAGAAGCCUUUCCACUGCUUCCUGUGUGGAAAGAGUUUUGCUGAGUUAGGGACACUGAAAAAGCACGAGAGGACACACACAGGAGAGAAGCCUUUCCAAUGCUCCCAAUGUGAAAAGAGUUUUACCCAGUUAGCGAACAUGAAAAGGCAUGAAGGAACACACACUGGAGAGAAGCCAUAUCAAUGCCCCCAGUGUGAAAAUACAUUUUCCUCAUUAGGGGACCUGAAAGCACAUGAGAGAACACACUUAGUAGAAAGGCCUUCCCAAUGCUCUCAGUGUGGAAAAAGUUUUCCCCGGUUAGGGAACUUGAAAAUGCAUGAGAGAAUGCACACAGGAGAGAAGCCUUUCCAAUGCUCCCAUUGUGGAAUUUUUUUUGCCCGGUCAGGGACAUUGAAAAUGCAUGAGAGAUUACACACAGGAGAGAAGCCUUUCCAAUGCUCCCUGUGUGGAAAGAGUUUUACAGAGUUAGGGACACUGAAAAAGCAUGAGAGGACACACACAGGAGAUAAGCCUUUCCAAUGCUCCCAAUGUGGAAAGAGUUUUACCCAGUUAGCAAACAUGAAAAGGCAUGAAGGAACACACACAGGAUAGAAGCCUUUCCAAUAAUGUCAUUGUGGAAGGACAUUUUCCCGGUCAGAGGACCUGAAAUCACAUGAGAGAAUAGCGAGGCUGUGGUUCUGACUUAUAUUUUUGACUAAUAAUUUGUGUUUUGGUUUAUGCAACAUCAAAUCGUAUUGUAUGUAUGAAAGCUUCCUCUAAAAUAGGCCUACCUUUGUUUUUCUUUAUUCUUCUCAAGUCAUGAUCACAUCUAAAAUCAGAAUAUAUAUUUUUGUAUGUGUAUUUAGAUUAUGAAUUUUGAUUGAUUGAAUACAAGUUUAGUGUUGGAUAUUGGUAUUUCAAAAUGUAAAUGAUUAAAUAGAUUAAUAGAAUGAUAGAAUGUGCAUUUCUUCAUUGUAACCUUGAAACCUCUUGGAUUUGAAAUGAUUUGGAUAUUAGUAAAGACAUUUGAUUGGAUAUAUGUUUUGGGAUGUUGCAAAUUGAAUUUCAUUGGUUACAUGAUUUGGAUUUUGCAAAAUGUAAAUGAUUAAAUUACAGUGCCUUCGAAAAGUA